AUGAAACAGAAAUAUGAGGAGGAACAGUGUAGGAGAGAAGAGGAGAUGAAACAGAAAUAUGAAGAGGAACAGAGUAGGAGAGAAGAGGAGAUGAAACAAAAACAUGAGGGGGAACAGAGCAGGAGAGAAAAUGAGAUGAAACAGAAAUAUGAGGAGGAACAGUGUAGGAGAGAAGAGGAGAUGAAACAGAAAUAUGAGGAGGAACAGAGUAGGAGAGAAGAGGAGCUGAUGGAAAGGUUGAGGAAGCAAAUGAAGGAAGAGGAGCUUGAGAAAGAUUCAGAGGAAUCCAAGCUUCCUGUCAGGAGAAGGAAAAGCAAUGACAUCUUCCCCCCCAGGAUGUUUGAAAGCAAAGUGGAGAAUGAAUCAGAGGAAUCCAAGCUGCCUGUCAGGAGAAGAAAUAGCAAAGAGCUCAUCAUCAACCCCAACAGUAAAGGAGAGGCUCCCCUUGCAGAUAUCCAAGCGCCUCCCAGUCCCCCUGAGCUGAGGAUGGUGCUGCUUGGGAAGACUGGGGCUGGGAAGAGUGCAGCAGGAAACACCAUCCUGGGCAGAGAGGAGUUCAGAUCUGAAGCCAGUUCCUCUGCAGUAACAAGGGAGUGUGAGAAGAGAAAAGGACAAGUGGCUGGGAGACAUGUUACUGUGAUCGACACUCCAGAGCUCUCUCAGGACAAACUCCAGAUUAGGAGCUGUGUUUCUCUGUCUGCCCAGGGACCCCAUGCUUUCCUCCUGGUGAUACCGGUGGGCCGAUUCACAGAAGAAGACAGGAGAGCAGUGGAGACAGUCCAGGAGAUAUUCAGUGAUGCGGCUGUGAGGAGGUACAUGAUGCUCCUUUUCACACACAGUGACAAACUGAAAGGCAAGACCAUUGAGGAUUAUAUUCAGACAGGCAGCAAGGAGCUCCAGCAGCUUGUUGAGAAAUGUGGGAACAGGUAUCAUGUUCUCAACAAUGAGGACAGAAGCGAUCGCACUCAGGUCUCACAGCUUCUGGACAAGAUAGACAACAUGGUGAAGGGAAACAACGGCAGCUACUACACCAAUGAGAUUUACCAGCAAGCAGAAGCAAAGAUCAGACAAAGACAAGAGGAGAUACUGAAGGAGGAAGAAGAGAGAAUAUUGAGGGAGGAAGAGGAACUGAGGGCAAAGCACCUGAAAGAACUGGAGAACUUGAAAAGGAAGAUGAGAUUGAAAAUCCAGAAACAAGAUGAGAAGAUCAGAGAGCUGGAGGAGAGGAUAGGAGAGCAGGAGGAAGAGCUGAGGAAAGAACAGGGAGAGAAUCACAGGAUCAAACUGGAGGAAGAGCUGAGGAGAAAGAGAGAGGACAAAGAAAGGGAGGAGCAAGAGAAGGAGGAUUGCAUCGAGAAGGGGGAGAGAGAGAGGGGAGAGUACGAGGAAAAACACAGGAGAGAGAUGGAGGCAGUCAGGCAGCGCUACAAGGAAAUCAUUAGACCAGAAACAGAAAGAUGCAAUGGGUUUAUAAGCAGAUAUGAAAAUCCAGCUGAAGCGAGAGGAGAAAGGGCAGCACUAGGGGCAGUGAUCAGUGCAGUAGCAGCGGCACUGGUUGAAGGGGCUGAGACUAUUACAUUCAGCCCUGAUCCUUGA